CUCCAGAGAACACACAGAGAAUGGCUCGACUGGAAUUAAUCCUCAUUUUUGUGCUUCAGUUUGAAGGUAUCAGUGGGAGAGAACCCUUUCUCUAUAAGAGACCUGGACAAGAAGCUGUUCUGUCCUGUACCACUGAAUCAUUCUCCCCCCCAACAUGCUCCAACGUUACAUGGUAUUACAACAGAGAUCAAACUGAGACUCUCGCUGAGGUCAGGAACGGAAAUGUUAGACAGAACUCAGCCCGAGCUGCCAGGCUGAGUGUGAACACUGACUGCUCUUUGGUCAUGAACAACAUCACUGCUGAGGAUGCUGGUCGAUACACCUGUCGGCAGGGGGAAGAAACUGAUGAAGUUACAGUUCUAAGUGUUCUGACAAUCUCUCCAUCUCCACCAGACGCUGAUCCAAAGAGGGACGGUGACGUCACAUUACAGUGCUCUCUGUUUAGAUUCAACCAUCCUCGGCUAGAGAACAGAAUCCGCUGGGUGGAUGAGACAGGAGCUGAGCUGCUUGGUGAAGGCAGGUGCAGUUUCCUCCAAAAGACGGUCUGUGUCUCUCGUCUGACUGUGAAGCGUCAGAGUGGCCACAACAGGAAGUACACCUGCCAGGUUGUUGAUGAGCAGAAGAAUGUAAAGAUAGAGGCUGACUACACACCUGACUUCAUAGGAGAGAUGACACAUAAUCAGACAGAAACAUCUAACCCAGGGAACACAAAACCACUUGAAAAUGACAACAAUGUGAAUGAUGGCGCCGACGUCCAGUAUGAAAACGUGGAAGCACGUCCUGCUGCUGCUCGACCGCAGUGA